UUGAAUUGACCAAAGCAAUCGUUAUGGAGAAGCCUAGUCCCCUGCUGGUCGGGCGGGAAUUUGUGAGACAGUAUUACACACUGCUGAACCAGGCCUCAGAUAUGCUGCAUAGAUUUUAUGGAAAGAACUCUUCCUAUGUCCAUGGGGGAUUGGAUUCAAAUGGAAAGCCAGCAGAUGCAGUCAAUGGGCAGAAAGAAAUUCACAGGAAAGUAAUGUCACAAAACUUCACCAACUGCCACACCAAGAUUCGCCAUGUUGAUGCUCAUGCUACUCUUAAUGACGGUGUGGUGGUCCAGGUGAUGGGGCUGUUAUCAAACAACAACCAGGCUUUGAGAAGAUUCAUGCAAACAUUUGUCCUUGCCUCUGAGGGCUCUGUUGCAAAUAAAUUCUAUGUUCAUAAUGAUAUCUUCAGAUACCAAGAUGAGGUCUUUGGUGGCUUUGUCACUGAGCCUCAGGAGGAAUCUGAGGAAGAAGUAGAGGAGCCUGAAGAAAGACAGCAGACACCUGAGGUGGUACCUGAUGAUUCUGGAAUGUUCUAUGAUCAGACUGUCAGCAAUGACUUGGAAGAACAUUUAGAGGAGCCUGUUGCUGAACCGGAGCCUGAUCCUGAACCAGAACCAGAGCAAGAACCUGUAUCUGAAAUCCAAGAGGAAAAGUCUGAGCCGGUAUUAGAAGAACCUGCUCCUGAGGAUGCUCAGAAGAGUUCUUCUCCAGCACCUACAGACAUAGCUCAGACAGUACAGGAAGACCUGAGGACAUUUUCUUGGGCAUCUGUGACCAGUAAGAACCUUCCUCCCAGUGGAGUUGUUCCUGUUACUGGGAUACCACCUCAGCCCCGUCCAGAGUCUAAGCCCGAAUCUCAGAUUUCACCCCAGAGGCCUCAGAGGGAUCAAAGAGUACGAGAACAACGAAUAAAUAUUCCUCCUCAGAGGGGACCCAGACCAAUUUGUGAGGCUGGUGAGCAAGGUGAUGUUGAGCCCGGAAGAAUUGUAAGACACCCUGAUAGUCACCAACUCUUCAAUGGCAACCUGCCUCAUGAAGUGGACAGAUCAGAACUUAAAGAUUUCUUUCAAAAUUAUGGGAAUGUGGUGGAGCUGCGCAUAAAUAGUGGUGGAAAAUUACCCAGUUUUGGCUUUGUUGUGUUUGAUGAUUCUGAGCCUGUUCAGAAGGUCCUUAGCAACAGGCCCAUCAUGUUCAGAGGUGAAGUCCGACUGAAUGUGGAAGAGAAGAAGACUCAGCUGCUUGGGAAAGGGGACCGUGGAGAUAACCACCUGCAAGGACCUGGGGGCCCUCGAGGUGGGCUGGGUGGUGGAAUGAGAGGCCCUCCCCAUGGAGGCAUGGUGCAGAAACCAGGAUUUGGAGUGGGAAGGGGGAUUGCUCCAAGGCAGUGAAUUGCUCUUCACUGAUCUUCAUGAAGCAUAAAAACCCCAGCUUCUGCAGAAUGGUGAAUUUCUUCAACCAGCCUUUGUUAUCUUGGAGUAUGAUGAUCCUAGUCUUAUAAACUGCUUAAGUUUGAACAAUUUUACUUCUUUUUGUGUUAAUGGUGUGUGCUCCCUCCCUUCUCCCUUCUCCUGGCCUUUUAGUCCUUCACUUCCAGUUUUGUGGAACGCUAUUUUAGGAGUAACGGAUUUUUAAAGAAGAAAAAAUGAAAAGACUGAAUUUCCUUGCUUACUUUGCAUAUACAGACUGGAAUUUUUUUUUUAAACAGCCAUUUUCCCAAAGGAAUGUAUCUUGCUUAUUACUGACAUUUGGUAUGUUUCAUUCAUUGGAAUAUUUCUUACUUAUUUUCUACGUGUUUCAAAGCCUGUGAGAAAGGCAGGAUUUGAUAAGCAUUUUGGAGGCAGGAAAUAUCCAAAUUGUUUAUUCUUUAAGAGUUGACUACCUUCUGAUGUGGAAAAAUUGCCAUUUGGAAAAUUUGACAUUCGAUUUUCCCUGAUGUGGUUAAAAACUGAAUAAAAGGUGUUA